UGGUGACCCUGCUGGCUGGCCGCUGUCGUCUCUGGCAGCUUCGAGCGACAGCGCGGCAUGGGACAAAGUUGCCCUGGCGCUCCGUUGGUCGGAAUCUUGCCGCUACCGCUACCACGCCAGGGAAGCAACGGAAGAGCGGCCUCACAUUUGAUCAUCUUGCCUUGCAUCCGCUCACCUUGCGCGGCCUCCGGGAGUCCUUCGGCUUCUCCGAGGCCACGGAGGUGCAGGCGCAGGUACUGCCUCGGGUUCUGGCACCUGAUGCUCCAGGAAGUGAUUUUGUGAUUCAUGCUCGUGCAGGCACGGGCAAGACUCUCGCUUACCUCAUCCCAGCGGUUGAGCAUUUGAUCAAGAAUCCUCCACCGGGCGUUGGUGUUCUGAUCCUUGCCCCGUCAAGAGAGUUGGUGCUGCAAAUUACCAAAGAUGCAGAGACCCUCUGCAGCUACCACGCUCUGCAAAUUGUUCCCCUCAUUGGUGGCAUCCGAAGGGACAAGGAUGAGGCUCUCAUUCGCCGGCGCCGGCCGGCCAUUUUAGUGGCACCAUUUGGAAGUUGCUGGAGCACUUCGAGGCCACACGACGUUUUGAGACCCUCUUUGACGCUUUGUCCAUCCUGGUCCUGGACGAAUGUGACGAACUGCUGCGGCAGGAUGGGGCAGCUUCCCUGCAGACUUUCCUAAAGUUCUUACCUCCAAGAUUUGAGCGUCAGACCAUGCUGCUAUCAGCCACCGUGCCUCAAGAGGUGCGUCACCUCUGCGGCGCCCUGUGCCGCCCGCGCUGCGAGUGGCUGGACCUGGUGCAAGGCCUUCCGACGCAGGAGGCGGUCGAGCAGUUUGUUGCAUCGGCUCCUCCCCUCUUGUUGGGCACUGCAUUGAGGAAUGUGUUGGACUCAGAGAUCCAGGACAAACCGAUGUCCCACAAGGUCAUGGUCUUCUUUCCCACGGCGCGCCUGGCGGCCUUUGCCACCACGCUCUUUCAGGAGCAGCUCAACAUGAGGAUCCACCAGAUUCAUGCGCGUUGCACACCAAGUGCUCGCAUGAUCGCACAGGAGGAGUUCAGUGCUGCCAGCUGCGGGAUCCUCUUCACCUCGGCCGCGUCGGAGCGGGGCAUGGACUAUCCCGAUGUGACUUUGGUGGUCCAAAUGACAGCUCCCAACAGCCUGCAGCAGUACGUGCACCGCGUGGGUCGCACCGCACGGGGCGGGAAGGAGGGCCGGGCACUGCUGCUGCUGCUGCAGCCCGAGGAGUCGUUCUUGUCUGAGAUCGAAGAGCUUCCCGUGCAGAGGUCGCCGGAUGAGGCUCUGAUUCUGAAUGAUGAAGGGCUCUUCACACAGCACGCGCUGUCUUCGGCCAACUGGGCCUCGCGGAGCAGCCUGAAGGUACUGGCGGCUGCGGCCUUUGCCUCGGUUUUGCAGCACUUGAAAACUCAGUAUCCGAAGAUGGAAAAUCAGGAAGUAGUGGACUUAGCCUCCGAGCUGCUCAUGGGCUUCGGUGUGUCCGAACCACCAUUGGUGUCCUUGGAGUUCGCGCGUGAACUGGGCCUCGAGAAGUGUGAGAACUUAGCAUUGGUAGAGCAACGGGAUGACAAAGCGCGUCCCAUCCAUCCCUCCGACCAUGAGCGCGGAAAAUUCGUUCGGAUGCCGUCUCGGAGUUUCUGGCUGCCUCCAGUGAAGUGA